UGGUGGGAGGCCUCACGGAGGGCGCGCCCCAAGGAUGGAAAGCGGGAGAGAGGGAGCUUAAAAUCAAAAUGGAGAGUGCUGGUUGUUCCGCAGCCGCUGUGGGAAACCGGGACAUGGGGUCCCAGCGGGAUCUGAGCCUGGUUCCUGAGCGGCUUCAGAGACGCGAGCAAGAGAGGCAACUGGAGGUGGAAAAGCGGAAGCAAAAGCGGCAGAACCAGGAGGUGGAAGAAGAGAAGAGCGACUUUUUCGCCGCCGCCUUCUCUCGGGAACGAGCGGCCGUGGAAGAGCUUCUGGAGGGCGAGGAAUCAGUCGAGCGGCUAGAGGAGGCGACGUCUCGGCUCCAAGGGCUGCAGAAACUUCUCAACGACUCAGUUUUGUUCCUAGCCCCCUACGACUUGAGGCAGGGACAAGAGGCGCUGACGCAUCUCCAGGCUGCCCUGGCCGAACGGCGCCAGGAGCUGCAGCCCAAGAAGCGGUUCGCUUUCAAGACCCGAAGGAAGGAUGCUGCUUUGGCCUCCAAAGUAGACACGGCUCCCGUCGCUCCGGCAGCUGAAGGCAUCAUGUCCCCGUCGCUACCCUUGAAGGACGAGGAAGCACUUGGUUUCAGCUGGGCCUGUGGCUUCACCAACCUGGAGUUCCAAGUCCUGGAGAAGCGAGCCGACGAGGUGCACCAGCGCGACAUCCUUUUGACGGAACUGAGCAACUGCACUAUCAAACUGUAUGGUAAUCCUAACACCUUGCGGCUGACCAAGGCCCGCAGCUGCAAGGUGCUCUGUGGCCCGGUGUCCACCUCUGUGUUCUUGGAAGACUGCAGUGACUGCAUACUGGCCGUAGCCUGCCAACAGCUCCGUUUACACAGUACCACAAACACCCGCAUCUUCUUACAGGUGACCAGCAGGGCCAUAGUGGAGGAUUGCAGCGGCAUCCAGUUCGCUCCUUAUACCUGGAGUUACCCGGGGAUCGAAAAGGACUUCCAGGGCUCUGGUUUAGAUAGGAGCAAAAACAACUGGACCAACGUUGACGAUUUCAAUUGGCUGGCCCGGGAUAUGGCCUCCCCAAACUGGAGUAUUCUUCCUGAAGAGGAGAGAAAGAUCCAAUGGGACUGAGCAGUCCUUCACUCCUACCGAAUACUUUCCAUGUGGGAAUAACUCCAGCAAAGGGACCCCAAAGUCCGUUUAUUAUUGUUGUUACAUUGCAUAUGUUUUCAGUAUUUUAAGGCCUGAGAUUGUGAUAAGCUUCUGUUUGUGAUUUCCAUUAAAUUCGUGAUAGAUCUAACAACAUUUUUGCUAUUUCGGUAAUGUCUUUAAGCUUUUCUUUGAUAAUUUGAAGCAAUAAACGGAAAAGAGUGUGAUUGUG